UCCAAUCAGACUUCUUAGUCAGCGGCUCUUCAGGUCGAGUGGGGCUGGGCCCCUUGGUGCUUCCAAGCUAAAGUUUUUUUUUCUUUCGACAUUGCAGACCUUGACAUCUGAUUCCUGAUCCAAACCUACACGUGCCUACCUACGAUAUCUCGUAGUAGCACUAAUUGGGAUAUCCCCCGACUGCUCUUCUCCUUGAAGCGUACCUAUAUUUGACUAAGGAGUCUGAAGAUUACGACUCUUAUUUAUUUGAACGGGGAAUUUGUGACGGGAGCGAAGCUCUUAUCUGACCUCUUAUCAUCGAUUGCAUUGGUUCAGCAUCCGCCACCCGUUUCUCAGCCUUUCCCAACUUCAUCGCCCCUGUCGUCAAGAUGAGUGACGAAAUCAUCUGGCAGGUCAUUGACAAGCAGUUCUGCUCUUACAAGGUCAAGGCGACUCGUGAGAGGACAUUCUGUCGAAAUGAAAUGAACAUAUCUGGAUUGUGCAGCAGAACCAGCUGUCCACUUGCCAACAGCCGUUAUGCCACUAUCCGUCCCCACCCAGAUCCCACAAAGGCGAUCAAUUAUCUAUACAUUAAGACUCCGGAGAGAGCGCAUAUGCCCUCAAAACUAUGGCAGAAAAUUAAGCUAUCGCAAAAUUAUCAGCAAGCUUUGGCGCAGAUCGAGGAACAUUUGAAGUACUGGCCACAGUAUAUGAUCCAUAGAGCUAAGCAACGUCUCACUCGGUUACAACAAGUUAGUAUUCGAAUGAGACGAUUGGCCAAAGAAGAGGCUAGACUUGGCGAAAGGAUCGUUCCCAAGCUAGCUCCAAAAGUCAAAAGACGUGAGGCGACCAGAGAACGGAAGGCAGAGGCUGCGGCCAAGCUUGAACGUGCUAUUGAGAGGGAGCUGCUUGGGCGACUACGUGAAGGUGCCUACGGAGACCAGCCUCUGAAUGUCAGCGAGCAGAUCUGGAAGAAGGUGCUGAAUGCCAUGGAGCGUGAAGGAGAAGCGACCAGAGACAAGGAUCUUGACACUGGAAUUGAGGAUGAAGAUGAGGAUGAAAGAGAAGAGGAGUUUGAAAUGGAUGAUGAAGAGGAAGAUGGCGCGGUGGAGUACGUUUCCGAUUUUGAAGAGAGUGAUGAAGACGAUCUAGACGAUCUCGAAGAUUGGCUGGGAAGCGAUGAAUCCGGAGAGGAAGAGUCCGAGACGGACGAGACGGAUGAGGAUAGUGAGGAUGCAUCGGCGAAGAAGAAAUCAUUGGCAACAGGCGACAAGCGGAAGCGGGCACAGGCUGCUCGAGCUAAGCCGAAGAAGAUGCCCCGACGCAGGCGGGAGAUUGAGCACGAGCAUGAGCUCGAACACCAGCGACCUGAGCUGGCCUUCUAACUUUCCAUUUGAGAACUCCAUGGCCGGCGCGGCCGGAUUCUUCUUGAUACCCCUUGAACAUGAAUCGAGAUACUCGGACAUAUCAGAGCUGGAGAAUAUGUACUUUAUUUCUGAUCAAUUGGCAUAUUUCGUACCUCCUCAAAACUAGAAGACUGAUGAAAAAUUGAAAUAAUUAUCAAGACAUCUUUAUAGCCCU